AUGUUUGAGAAGCUGCAUCAUGCCGUGCAAUUCGUUGAUGAUUGGAAGACCACGACCAUUUUUUCUGUUUUGGGGGCUGCUGCGGUAUCCUGCUUGUCUUUGACUGUGACGGCAGGCUCAUGUUUUAUCAUAGCCAGAGCCCAGAACGCAAGGGAGAAGAGAGCGGCGGCUGCGGCUGCGGCAGCUACAGCAGGCCAAGCAACCCCUGCUGCUCCAGGACUGCUCGGGCUCCUGGGAGCAGGAAUGGCUGUGGCAGCGAUAGUGACAGCGGCAGUGAUAGCAAGAGGAAGAGAGGGAGCGGCGGCGACGGCGGCGACAGAGGGAGCGGAGGCGGUGGCAGGCCAAGUAGCCCCGGCUUACUUAGAGCUUCUAGUCCUGAACACAAGGGAGAAGAGAGCGGCAGCUGCGGCUGCGACAGCAGGCCAAGCAGCCCCUGCUGCUCCAGGACUGCUCGGCCUCCUAGGAGCAGGAACGGCUGUGGCAGCGAUAGUGACAGCGUCAGUGAUAGCAAGAGGAAUAGAGGGAGUGGUGGCGGCGGCUGCUACAGAGGGAGCGGCGGCAGCUGCUACAGAGGGAGCGGCGGCGUCGACGGCGACAGAGGGAGUGGCGGCGGUGGCAGGCCAAGUAGCCCCGGCUUAG